AGAACCGGAAGGGGCGGUUUGUGUUUCUACACGAGCACAAUUGAGUGUGGCAAAGAAAGAGAAAAGUUUUUUAAAUUUGGAAAAGUUUCCUGUGUUGCUUAAAGAAUCUUCUAGUUUGCUGAGGGGAAAUGUCUGAGUUAAGCGACGAGGCCAGCGAGUCGGAGCAGCUGGGGGCCAGCCUCUCCCUCUGGCUGGGAGACUCCCUGCUGCGCCCAGAGGAGCUGGACGUCCCGCUGGACCUGCACACCGCCUGCUCCAUCGGCCAGUACGACGUGGUGGCGGAGUGCGUCAAAAAGCGGGAGGCGGACCUGGACAGGAAGAACCUGGGCGGAUGGACGCCGCUCAUGUACGCCGCCUACAUCGGCCAUGACAACAUCGCCAACCUGCUGCUGGAGGCCGGAGUGAACGUGAACGCCGCCACGCCGAAUGGCCUCACGCCGCUGAUGCUAGCAGCUAGCUGCGGGAACGAAAGCAUAGCCUACUUCCUGUUGCAGAAGGGGGCGGAGCUGGAGCUGAGGGACGCCAGAGGCUGGACGGCUCUGCUUCACUGCACCAGCACCGGCCACCAGCAGAUGGUCAAGUUCCUGCUGGACAACAAUGCCGACGCCAACGUCAGGGAGCCGGGGUCAGAGUUCACUCCUCUGAUGGAGGCCGCUGCAUCUGGACACGAAAUCAUUGUUCAGUACCUGCUGGAUCACAAAGUAAAAGUGGGCGAUCGAAACGUCAAAGGAGAGACGGCGCGCGCCCUCGCCAUGAUGUACGGUUACACCAAGAUCGUCGGCCUCAUCGACUCUCGAUCUCCAAGAAUUAAACCAGGACACUUUGGAGACCUGAGCUCCUCGGAGGAUUCGGACGGCUCGCCGCCCAGGACUCGGUCCGGCCGCAGCCGGGUCAAAGGCGUCAGCAUCCACGACGGGCCGCAGGCCAUCGCCAAGUUCAGAGUGGGAGGGAAGAGCAAACCGAGCGAACCGCCCGCUGCGCUGCCCGGCUUCACGGCGUACGGCGAGCAGAGCGAGAGCAUCUGCUACCGGGACGUCACGUCACCCAUCAACGAGCUGGACGGCCAGAGCCACAGCAGCAGAGACGACAGCCCGUUCUUUGAGAGCGACAUGCCCACCAUGAGGAGCAGCAGCAGCAGCAGCGACGGCCUGCCUCACGCGGUCGGACUCAGCUGGGAAGGAUCCGUGGAGAGCAACGAGGACUCGGAUCAGAGCCGGAGGAGCAGCUCCCGCCGGACAAAUAAGACUCACUCCAAAGGAAAGACGCGGCACGCCAACAGCGACGCGGCUCUGUCCGGCGGGACGGGAAACGGCAGCAAACAUGCACACGGCGGGCAGCGGCCAUCUUACUCCGGACCGAAGGAUCUGGCAGAGUUCCUGGAGCAAAUCAACUUCUCCAAAUAUUUCCGUCUGCUGGAAGAACAGGACAUCGACCUGCGGAUAUUUCUCACGCUGACGGAGAACGACCUAAAGGAAAUCGGGAUUACGCUGUUUGGUCCCAAACGGAAGAUGACGUCGGCCAUCGCGCGGUGGCACAGCAGCGCGCCGCCGCCCAGCGACGCCCUGGAGCAGGCGUACGCCGACCAGCUGGAAGCAGAGAUGCAGGAAAUGGCCAUCCAGCUCCACAAGCGAUGUGAGGAAAUCGAGAGCCUGGAGAGCCAGGUGUCUCAGGAGAAGGAGCUGCGGACGGUGAUGGAGGGCUGCCUGAUGGAGGACAAAAUGGCCUGGAAGAAGGUCCACUCUGAGCUGGCGGAGAACCAGCGGCUGGCUCAGGACAUGAGCGCCACGCUGGCCAAGGCCAGGGCCUGCCAGGCCGAGCUGCUGGCCUGCCUCACGGCCGACCGGAGCAGCGGUUCUGACCCGGCAGGUACAGCAGUUCUGAUGUUGCAUCUCACAUUUUUAGCAAAACAAAGUAACUGUUAUUUAUUUCUUGUACUUGUAGAGGGGCUGAGAUAUUCCAAUAUGGUGAAGCUCAUGAAGAAGCUGGAGUCCUAUCAGGACAAAAUGGCAGGGACUGUGGAAACCCUGCAGCAGAGCCUGAGGCGGCUGAGCGCCCCGGAGAAGGUCUCAGACAGCUGGGAGCGGCCCUAAGUGCGGCAACAGGGUUUCUGUGAAUAUUUGACGGAGGGUGAGCCAACCACCCCGAACCGCCGCUGGAGGAUAGUCACAGCGCCGCAGCGAGCCGAGCAGCACCAGCUGCCUCUGAUUGGCUACCUGUUGCCCGCCUCUGAUUGGCUGAAGUACCUGCGCUUGCCCAGUUGAGAGCGGGAGCAACUCGGAGGGAAACGACAAGCAGGCAGGAAGAGGUCAUGACCCUCACCGCCUGUGCUGGUGUGUUGCACUCAGCGUGCACAGAGAAGAGGAAAAGGAGGAAGAAAUGAUGGAAAAUUAAAUUUAAUAUGUUUGUCUUAGUUUUAGUGAAUAUCCUGCUGAAUCUGAAUGAAAUUAUUUUUCUC